ACAAAAUAUUUUGGGCGUGUGAUUCAAAGUUUAAACUGAAAUUGUUCGUAAGAAUUAAGAAAUAAGACAUUGAAAUACAAUUAAUAUAAUACAAAUCCAUUCAGUAAUGUAAGCUUUUAAAUUGAGUCCUUCUAAAUCGUUCGUCAAAAUACAAAUCUCAUUACGAUGCCGUCCGCUCUUUGUAUGUUUUGCAUGAGCUUCAUUGUUUUAUACAGCGUUUAUUCUGUAUGUGGUCUCAUGUGUUGGCAUUGCGAUUCACUCCACGACCCCAAAUGCAUUGAUCCAUUUGACAAUCACUCGAUGCCAAUGAAAGAUUGCAAACUGGAAAAGUUGGACACAUAUCCCGGUGUGCGAGGUACAAUGUGCCGCAAAAUUCGUCAAAAAGUGUACGGGAAAUGGCGUUAUUAUCGAAGUUGUGCUUUUUUGGGUGAACCUGGCAUUGGCGGUGACGAACGUUAUUGUUUAAUGAGAACAGGCACACAUAAUAUAUUUACUGAAUAUUGUACUUGCAAUUCUAGAGAUGGAUGCAAUGGUGCAUCCAACUUUUCGUUUUCAUUUUUAAGCUUAUUGUUAGCACCAGCUCUUAUUGUUUACAGAAUAUUGCUGUAAUGUGUUCAUCAAACAAUAUAAGUAGUUAUUAUCUUUAUCUGAAUAACUUUUUAUGAUUAUAGAAUAAAGUUUUCAUCAAGUAUCUAAUCAUUUUAUAUUGUUUAAACUAUUAUGGUAUUUGCCAUAAUAAAUUAACUGAAAAAUGUAACUGAUCCGUCCAUUUUUAACUUAUUUAAUAAU